GUUAACAGCCAACUUCUGACGCCCCACAGUAGCACUGUGCAAUAGUCAUGGUUGGGAGCUGAGCAUUCAAUAAUUUGAGUCUCAAAUCACAAUGGUCUCUAAGCGUCUGACCAUUGUCAUCAAGCUGGGAACCAGUUCCAUAGUAGACGAGAACACCCAUGAACCUAUACUGUCCAUCCUUACGCUCAUAGUCGAAACAGUUGCCAAGCUUCACAAAGAAGGUCAUAAUGUUGUUCUUGUUUCGUCGGGCGCUGUUGGUGUGGGUUUGCGAAGGAUGGAUGUGGAAGAGAGACCUAAACACUUACCUCGGAUACAGGCAUUGGCUGCCGUUGGCCAGUGUAGGCUGAUGAGUCUCUGGGAUGGUCUGUUUGCGCACCUGCGUCUCCCAGUCGCGCAAAUCCUGUUAACUAGGAACGAUAUUGCCGAUAGAACACAAUACAUCAAUGCUCAAAAUACCUUCUCGCAACUAUUCGAUAUGGGUGUAAUACCCAUUGUCAAUGAGAAUGACACGUUGGCUGUUUCCGAAAUCAAAUUUGGUGACAACGAUACGCUAUCAGCGAUCACAGCAGCGAUGGUCAAGGCCGAUUACCUCUUCCUGAUGACGGAUGUUGAUUGUCUCUAUACUGCUAAUCCCCGUACAAAUCCCGACGCGCGCCCUAUCGAAGUUGUCACGGAUAUUUCAACCUUAGAAGCAGAUGUUUCAUCGGCUGGAUCAUCUUUGGGUACCGGGGGUAUGAGUACCAAGAUCGUCGCCGCAAAGCUUGGAACUAGUGCUGGCGUAACGACUAUCAUCACCAAGAGUUCGAAGCCCGGAAAUGUGCAUGAUAUUGUCAAUUAUCUCCAACAGCAGAGUCGAAGGUCUAUUGUAACAGAUGCAGUGGCCGAGCCAGUCGAGGUCUUUAAGGUAUCAAGCAGCUCCCGGGCUUCGCCUCCGCUACACACGCGAUUCAUUCCAUCGGAGAAUCCGAUACAAUCCCGAUCAUUUUGGCUUCUUCACGGAAUGAAGCCUCGGGGUACAGUCUAUAUAGACCACGGCGCAUAUAGUGCUCUUCAGAAAAAGGCCAGUCUGCUCCCUGCCGGUGUAAUAGGGGUGGAAGGUCACUUCUCUCAACAAGAAGUGGUAAGGUUAGUCGUGAUUGGGAAGGUGUCUCCCGACUCACUCGAUGGCGAAUUCCUUCAUCAUGGACAAGAGCCCAAAGAAGUUGGACGUGCCUUGGUCAAUUAUGGCAGUAUUGAGAUUGAGCGCGUUAAGGGUCACAGGAGCACACAAAUCCAAACACUACUCGGGUAUGCCGAUAGUGAAUAUGUGGCGCUCCGUGAGAAUAUUGCCUUUUUGCAGAACGAUGACAGCUCAGGCCGGUAGAUCCCACCAAAGUUUCAAGCUAGACGCUGCUACUGAGUUUGUUCAUUACGUUCUUCGAACACUUGAAAACCCUAUUUUCCGUAGGCUUCUAGCCCUUCCUCCCCUUCUCCCAUUCUAACAUCUAAGCAAUACAGCUGCACCGAAAAAGACUGAAGAUCAUGGUGGUACCAUUCCUGGCUAAGAAUACCUAGUUUUAUGUAAUUGACAUG